AUGUCCGCACAACACCCUCAAUCAGCAACCACAGUCUUUCUAGACCAACCACCAAGCUGCCUCCAAUUUUGUCCCGCGUGGCCCGACUAUUUUGUCGUCGGCACCUACCUUUUAACCGAAACCAAAGAUGAGGAUGGAGACAUCCAGCAGACCAAGACCGGAAGCCUACAAUUGUGGCACCUAGAUCCUGUCCACAAGACAUUAUCCCAAAUCCAAAGACUCGCUCUGCCCUACGCUGUCUUUGACCUGCACUUCCACCCAACAGACCAGAAUACACUCGCCAUCGCCAGCAGUGUGGGGUCCGUAGCUCUUUUCCAAGUGUCGACGGAGUCCUCACGCCCAAUUCUCAAGCACAAAUGGACCAAACAGGUCCACGAAGACCCGGCUAUCCCGGCAUUGUUUCUGGCCUGGGUGCCACAGAGCUGGUUCCGGCAAGAUACAGCCGAUGGCUUUGCAGUUACCUUCUCCGAUAGUCGGACAGCCGUCUUCGGGACGGAACGCAGUCUGCUCGAUGAAGACAGUAUUGACGAAUGGGGCACUUUCGCCGCAAGACAGAUGAUCGAGGUUUGGUUUGUCGCGCUUGCUACAUACCGAGAACCACUUGAUCCAGACCCCAAGUCGGAGGAGGGUCAUGAUAUCCCGUUCAUGUUCACGGGCGAUGACUUCGGAUCCCUGCAUACCCGUCGAUUCAGCCUGGAGCCAUCAGCCUCCGAAUCAGAAAUUGAGCGCCUCUCGUCUCCCGUGAUUGCCCAUGACGACCGAUCUCGUCAUCACACCGCUGGCGUCACGGCUAUUCUUCCAUUACCAAUUCCGUUAAUUGACGGCGCACCGUUUCUUUUGACUGGAAGCUACGAUGAGAGUUUGCGGGUGUACCAUGCCACGCGCAGAGGAGAGGUCCUGGCCGAGCAAGGCCUCGGUGGUGGUGUUUGGCGGUUACAGGUAAUAAAAACUACUCGAGUCGCUGAUGGAUGGUGCUUCUUGGUGCUGGCGAGUUGUAUGCAUGCUGGCACGAGGGUCGUGCGGGUUUCUUAUGAGGGAUGUGAAUGGGGAAUUGAAGUCCUGGCGGAGUUCACGGAGCAUGAGAGCAUGAACUAUGCCAGUGAUGUGUGGAAGGGGCCGUCCGAGUCGGCGGAAUUGCUUUGCGUGUCGAGUAGUUUCUACGACCGACGAGUCUGUGUGUGGACUGUGGAUGUGCAAUAA